AUAUCCCUCGUGGCUCAGCAGGGUUCAACGCUCACACGGCACAGCUCGAUGAGGCCUCCAGCUCAUCGAUUUCCUCUGAAGUCAUCCAGACGAUGCCGUGUGCAUCUGGUUGCCGUGGCCGCGCACGGGGCGGCUUCGAAUUAUUCUUUAAGUCUGUCAAGCGCUCUGAUUCUGUCGUAUAUGUAGCUGCGAGCCAUGCCGCCACGGAUGAAAAAGCACUGUCAUCGUGAUGGUGAUUCGUGCAUGUGGGAAGCGGAAAAGCAGGGAUGGGAGGAAGCACAGACGACAGAGGAGCGCAGGAUGGGGCGUGCAAGUCGGGGGGCACAAGGCAACAUUGACGGACGGGGGCUUCAGACGCCACUCCAAGCGGCGAGACCGCACAAUCAUCAUGUUGAGGCACAGCGGCGGCGCAUACCAACUCGUCUGCAAGACCCUCUAGUGACGAGCUGCAGCAUCGGAGCUGAAUGAGGUCCGAGCGGCGCAAGUACUGGGCGCCAGGAACACCCCAAUCAGGGCGAGCAGCAUCAGCGGCUCCGCAAUCGGUGUCACGACGAUCUUGGUCGGGAAGGUCGCCGCUCAGAGCGGCGACGGGAUCGCUAUCGGCGUCUUCUGCAGCGGCCUUGGGAACGCGCAGAAGGACAUCGGCGUGAACAGUUUCGGCAGAGGCCAGUUCUUCGUGUGGGCCGUCACGAUCAGCAUCUUCAGAGAGAACACCAGCGAGAUGAUCUCGAUUCUCAGGACGAGUCUGGCAAGCCUGAGGCGCACGGUCACCAGCAGGAUCACCCACGGCAGCGUGCGCAGCACCAGCUGUGGCCUGACCGUCUUCGAAGUUGCGCAGCUCCCGCUCGAAAUUGAUGUCGUACAGGUAGGACUCGUGACUAGCCACUCCAGCUGGCGGCUGCGGGGAAGAAGUAGUAGAGCACCCACUCGGCGGUGAAAUUGAAGAACGAAGAUUGGCAAUGAAUUCUGACACCUUCGGCAGGUCCGAGCCGUCGCAGUAGCCCACGACCUCGGGCAAGAGCGUGGGCGGCCUCUGAGCGUGGAUGAUGUGCACGAUGUGCGUAGCCAUGCCAACAACCAUAGACAGUAUGUCGAGCACCUGCGGCAGAAGGGAUGAAAGAGAAGUCGGGUUCGCACCUUUUGGCAAUAGCGGGUCCAGCUGCAACACGCGCGUGCCCGAUGGGACAGCAUCAAAGGGAGGAAGUACCUCAUGUACAGCAUGUUGACCCACGUCGGCUUGAUGGAUCGCCUCCUGCACGCGGGCGUCCUUGACCAUCGGGAUACGGUGUUUGGCGCGGCCUGCACGUGUGUUGACUUGGUGGAGCUGGUGAACAGCGGCGCCACCCACCCGCGGGGCAGCGAGAGCGACUGCAUCACGAAGAGCGUGCGAUUAAACUCCGCUCUCGAAUUGAAGGUGAGCGUGAACGCGCAUGCCAUGCACAACGUCGCGAACAUGAGGGGCCAGAGCAGCUGGGACCAAGACAUGCUUAAAGCCGCAAGGGACCUCCCCGAGAUAGCCGCGAGCACGGCCACGUUCGCGGCGGGCUUCACGGCGUGCAGCAGAGCGGCGAUGCGGCAUCACCGCGAGCGUGGAGACGAUGAAGACGAGCAUACGCCACACCGGUGGGCAGCGGCGCACACCAUUGCAUGCUGUGAGUGGAGAACGUGCGGGGCGCCGGCCUAGCCACAUGUGGCUUGAGCAAAAAUUGCU